GGGAUCUAGGCCGUUAUGUAUAGAUAUAUAUUUACAUCGUCUUUGCAGCGGCGAAGAUCAGCUCAAAGUUAUCCUUACAAUUUUUUACUCGCUGUGCAAAAGAAACUAAAAGUCGGACAGAUCCCCUCGAGAACUACCAGAUCGAACAUGAAACAUAUCAAAAUAAAAUUGAACGAUAGCACGGAGAAUAAACCCAAUCAAUAUUGCAUUCAAACAACAAAGUUUAUAUUGCAAGCCUCGAGACCAAUUAUUGGAUCACAAGAUUCGUUAACUCGUAUUAAUAUAGAAAUAAAUAUGCAAUUUAUUUUAUUGAUUCCACCAUUUCAACUAAUAAUAAAAAAUACGCAAUCGAAUUUUCCAAUUAAUUGGAAGAGACCCAAAUUGGCAAAUGCUUUAAACGCUUUACGAGAACGUAUUGCCAAACGGGUCGACCUUAUUAGACGGUUUGAAAGAAGUCCAAUAAAACUAAUGCCAACAGAAGAAAGCACAAAAGUUGACAAUAAAAAAAACCUAACAAAAAUUUCACGUGGAAGAUAUUGGAAUAAACAGUUAUCCGUUGUUGAUGAAACUCACUGCAAAAGUCUAAUAGAUCUUUUAAGACUUCGCGAGAAAACAUUGGUAGAUCGAACGAUCACUCUAAUUUUCUGGUUUGAAGUUCAAAUGGAACGACUUAAGUCUGAAAAUCUUUUAAUGCACAUUUCCGAAAUUAGGAAAAAACAAGAAAGUCUUUUGUUAAAUAUGUAUAAAGAGAGACAAUAUAUAAACAGAUUAUUGCUACGUUACAAACAAAAUGGACAUAGAUUUCCUAUUGAAAACGAGAUGCUUUGCUUACAAAGUUAUAAUGGCGAUAAGUUCUCUUUAUUUCCACACGAUGUAAGGAAAGAACAAAGGAUUAACUUUUUAUCUAACACAAAUUAUUGGCAAUAUAAUGUUCUGCAGUCGAAUUUAAUGGACAGAUCUGUAGGAAAUAUUGAAUUCUAUAAUUUAUGCUUAUGGCUCAAAAAGAGAAAGAUCCACAAGGAAUCAAUCCAGAGGACAAUAUUUCCUCAAAAUAAUGAUAGUUUUAAUUAUUGCGAAGCUGAAAAAGAUAAUGCUGUAGAAUCUGAGAGUCAGAAAUUAGAAAUACCUAAAUGCGACUCGGAAGAAGGAGGUAAAACUGACGUUGCAGUUGGUUCUUUUUCUUCGCAUAAUACCCAUAAAACGAUUAAUAACUCGAUGGAAACGGAAAAAUCAUCUGAGAUUCGAUGCAAUGUAAUCGAUGUUAUCCCACCUUGUCAGAAUGUUAAAACUCAAGACAAGCUGUGUGAAAUUCCAAACCCACCUCAAACUCCCUUAGUUGCUCGAAUUAAAGGUCUUCCUAUUGCUAAUCAGCUUAACGUCUCUCAAAAAUUACCAUGUAAUUUAAAUAAGGAAGAGAAUUUUAACAUUGAACGUUUAAGCGAGGAUAUAUCUUUUGAAUUAAUACAAGAGCGUACAAAACGUCUAGGCCAAGAUGAUUCUAUGAACAUUUUGAGCUCCUCAAGAUGGUUGCGAUGUGGACAAAGCAAUAUAUUCAAUAUCUCACCAAACUUUCUCUCAAAGCGCCUUGAAAGUUGCUCAAAAUCUUAUACUCAAGGCAAACCCGAUCACAUUGAAAAGGUGAUUAUUUACGAGUUGUAUAAUGAGGACGUACACUGGGAAAAUAUUUAUGCUAUAACAGGGGAUGUUCUUGAAAAACUAACAGAUGAAUUAAUAAUGCAGCAUGUAAAACACGUCGCAAAGUGUAUUAUUUCAAGAUAAAAAUAAAGUGUCUCCAUAAAACUAUUA